AUGUCAUCAAAUGGACUCCAUGAUCCGAAAGGAACAGAAAAUAGAACAAUACUGAGUCAAAAAAAUCAUACCAUAUUUUCAGAUUUGAAUGAAUGCAAUGAAGACAAUGGGGGUUGCAAACAAACAUGCAGUAACACAGAAGGAUCAUUCACCUGUUCUUGCAAUACUGGAUACCAACUCGAUGCUGAUGGGAGAACAUGUAAUGAUAUAAACGAAUGCUUGACAAAAAAUGGGGGAUGCCAACAUACGUGCAGUAACUUGGAAGGAACAUUAGCGUGUGUUUGUAAUGACGGAUUCGAACUAACUAUUGAUGAGAGAACAUGCAAUGAUAUAAACGAAUGCACUACAAAUAGAGGAGGAUGCCAACACUCAUGUAGUAACACGAAAGGCUCAUUCACGUGUUCUUGUAAUGAUGGAUACGCACUACAUACUGACGACAGAACGUGCAAUGAUAUAAACGAAUGUCAAACAGAAAAUGGGGGAUGCCAACAUAGGUGCAUUAACGAGGAAGGAUCAUUCACGUGUUCUUGCGAUGAUGGAUACGAACUACAUACUGAUGGGACAACAUGCAUUGAUAUAAACGAAUGUUUGACAAACGAUGGAGGAUGCCAACACAAGUGCGUUGACAAGGAAGGAUCUUUCACAUGCUCUUGUGAUGAUGGAUACGAACUACAUCCUGAUCGGACCAAAUGCUCUGAUAUAAACGAGUGUCUGUUAAACAAGGGAGGGUGCCAACACAAGUGCAUUAACCAAGAAGGAUUAUUCACUUGUUCUUGUGAUGAUGGAUACGAACUGCAAAAUGAUGAGAGGACAUGCAGUGAUAUAAACGAGUGUCUGUCAAAUAAGGGAGGAUGCCAACAUACGUGUCUUAACGAGGAAGGAUCAUUCACUUGUUCUUGUGAUGAUGGAUACGAACUACAUACUGAUGGGACAACAUGCAAUGAUAUAAACGAAUGUCUCACAAACAAAGGAGGAUGCCAACACAAGUGCAUUAACGAGAAAGGAUCAUUCACAUGUUCUUGUGAUGAUGGAUACGAACUACAUACUGAUGGGACAACAUGCAAUGAUAUAAACGAAUGUCUCACAAACAAAGGAGGAUGCCAACACAAGUGCAUUAACGAGAAAGGAUCAUUCACAUGUUCUUGUGAUGAUGGAUACGAACUAAAUACUGAUGGGACAACAUGCAAUGAUAUAAACGAAUGUCUGACAAACAAAGGAGGAUGUCAACACAGGUGCGUUAACGAGAAAGGAUCAUUCACGUGUUCUUGUGAUGAAGGAUACGAGCUACAUACUGAUGGAACAACAUGCAUUGAUAUAAACGAAUGUCUUACAAACAAGGGAGGAUGCCAACAUAAGUGUAAUAACACGAAAGGAUCAUUCACUUGUUCUUGUGAUGAUGGAUACGAACUACAUACUGAUGAGAGAACAUGCAAAGAUAUUAACGAGUGUCUAAUAAACAAUGGAGGAUGCCAACACACAUGCCUUAACGAGGUAGGGGCAUUCAGGUGUUAUUGUGAUGACGGAUACGAACUACAUACUGAUGGGACAACAUGCAAUGAUGUAAACGAAUGUAUAACAAACAAGGGAGGGUGCCAACACACGUGUCUUAACGUGGAAGGAUCGUUCACGUGCUCUUGUGAUGAUGGAUACAAACUACAUACUGAUGGGAGAACGUGCAAUGAUAUAAACGAGUGUCUAGCAGGAAAUGGAGGAUGCCACCACACGUGCAGUAACACUGAAGGAUCAUUCAUCUGUUCUUGCACUGACGGAUUUGAAUUUUAUAUUGCCGGAAAACAAUGUUUAGAUAUAAACGAGUGCGAAACAAACAAGGGAGGAUGCGAACACUCGUGUUCUAACAUGGAAGGAUCAUUUAAAUGUACAUGUAAUAAUGGCUUUGAGUUGCAAAACGAUGAAAAAUCUUGUACAGAUGUAAACGAAUGUUAUUUAGACAACGGAAAUUGUGAUCACGCGUGCAUUAAUAUGGAAGGGUCAUAUAAAUGUUCCUGCAAAGAAGGAUACGAACUACAAAACGACGCAAAGUCUUGCACUGACGUUAAUGAAUGUCAAGCAAACAAUGGAGGAUGCUUACAGAUGUGCAUGAACACAAACGGAUCAUUUGUGUGUUCUUGUUACAAUGGUUACUAUCUUCAAAAUGACGGUAAAACGUGUACCGAUGUUCAAGAAUGUCGCACAAAUAACGGGGGAUGCGAGCAAAGGUGUGAAAAUACAGAGGGGUCAUUUAAGUGUAAGUGUUGGGAUGGAUACAAGCUUCACCCGAAUGGUUUAUCCUGUGUUGAUAUAAAUGAAUGCGCUGUCGACAACGGAAAAUGUGAAGACAGUUGCCACAAUUUUUUUGGAACAUAUACUUGUGUUUGCCCAGUUAAACAUAUUUUAAAAACAGAUGGAUUAACCUGCACUGACGUCAGUAAGCAGUCCGUUUCAUCAUCGAUAAGACUUACCUUAGAAGACGAAACAGCUAUUUCAAACUACACGGUAUAUGUUGAAAUACAGAAAAUGUUGUAUCUUUACUUUAGCACUGUUACCGCAGCACCACUAUCUGUUUUUGUCAACAGUCUAAGACAGGGAAGCAUUAUUGCAGACUAUACUGUUGUAUUUGAUGAGAAAGAAGAUGUGAAUGGGACAGCAGAUUUAAUUGUUCGUGCAAUAAUGGAUUUAGAGGACGAUGGAACUCUUGUGUUUGAUGAAAAACAAAUCCAUGCCAAAUCACUUUUACCGGUCAGCGCUACUGAUCCAUGUGAUGUACGUGAAAAACUAGCUGGUCAGUGUGAAGAAGGUUCUUAUUGUGAAGUUGUUGGCAGAAAUCCAAGUUGUCGAAAAGUAUCGGAUUCCAUUCACAAAGAUUACAACAUAAUAUACGCUGUAAUUGGUGUAGUUGGUUUCCUGCUCGUACUAGUGCUGCUGACAUUGUGUGCCAGACAGAUAAGAUUAUACCGCAAUGAAGACAGGCACUUGAACGGGAUGACAAUAAAUUCAAGUAAAACAGUGCAAGAUUCAGGUGACUACGAAGAUCCACCUUAUUUGAAUAGAAAGGAUCUGAUCUGGAAUUUUCGAAGGAAGGCGCAUUCUUCUAGCUCCACAUUUAACGUAAGAUUUAUGAUUAUCUUUACAAACAUCACAUCCGGAAGGAGAAACUUUAAACGUGAAAAGGGUAAAAACUCUAUGUCUACAACAUAA